CGAUGUUGAAUGGUGAGCACGAAAUGCAGAGUUCAAACCCCAAAAGAAUAAUCUAGAAAAUGCAUUUGACCGUUUUGACACCAACGAAACUCUGUCCAAAACCAUCUUCCAACCGUUGGUGUCCAUCGUCAUCAGCCUAUUAAUCCCUCCUCAACUCCAAAUCAAAGCCACAAAAGUUUCACCUUCGAUUGAUACUCUCUACAUAGAUUAUAUAUAGGGUUUUAAAGUUUUGGUCUUUUUUUUUUUAUCCAAUCAACUGAAGAAAAUCAUGGAUCAGAAUCAGAAUCAGCAUCAGGUCGAUCUUACCCAUGAAACUAAACCACAAUCCCAAGAGUCCCAAAUACUUGAGAAGCAGAAUCCUCACACCUCCGACUAUGCUCCUUAUCCAAAGCUCGACCCUAAAGACUUUGCUCCUCCUCCUGAGAAUUGGGCUAACGUAUCUACGGGUCCCUCACCACAGACCCACCCUGCUCCAGCCGAAGGCCCAGCUCCGAUCGCUGGUGCUGCUGCCACUGCCAUGCCUGCCGAGUCUAAUCCCUACGUAUCUCCGGCGCCUGUUGCCCCAUCUUCCUCCAAGAAUACGAUGGAAACGGUAAAGGAUGUGCUGGGGAAAUGGGGAAAGAAGGCUGCGGAGGCAACCAAGAAGGCCGAGGACCUUGCUGGCAACAUGUGGCAACACUUGAAAACAGGCCCUAGUUUUGCUGAUGCUGCUGUGGGAAGAAUUGCUCAGCAAACUAAAGUUCUUGCAGAAGGAGGUUAUGAGAAAAUCUUUCGACAAACUUUUGACACUGUUCCCGAGGAACAACUUCAGAAGACAUAUGCAUGCUACCUAUCCACUUCUGCUGGUCCAGUUAUGGGAGUUCUAUAUUUGUCUACUGCAAAGCUUGCAUUUUGUAGUGACAAUCCUCUUUCUUACCAAGUUGGUGAGCAAACUCAAUGGAGCUAUUACAAGGUAUGCAUAUCAUGCUUUCUCAACGUUUUUAAACAGCUUCACAAUAUUUUUAAUUUCCAGGAGCCAGCAACACAUAGUCUGAUGAUGGCAUGGAGUUUGUAUCGACCUUUUCACUUUUUUGUUCUUUUUGGCGUCAAUGUGGAUUGUGGUGGUCAUUUGGGUUAUUGUUCUGAACUUUUUUUUUUUCAAAUCUCGAUAACUGCUGUGAUUAUGGUCUUUGUUCUAAGACACAUUUAUUUCUUUGGCAGUGAGAUGCACAAAAUUGUAUGGAUGGAAAUCCUGUUUCCAGUAUUCAAAAAAAAAUUUUUACCCAUUGGUAUACAGCAUUAAGCAUUUGAUUGUUGAUGCAUCUAAGUUGAACCUUCUAGUUCACAAUCCCUUGGACUAUUUUGUUCCAACAAGAUCAUUAGUGGAUGGGAUUUCAUUUAAAUUUCGCUUAGUAGGUAUAGUCAUGACUCAAGCCACAAGUUCCAUAAUCAGCUGAGGUAGUUUUGUUAAUAAAUCAUACUUACCUAGCUGAAAAUUUAGAAAUUUUCUGUUGCAAACAAUUAUCCCCCAAGUUGCUAAAGUCCCUUGUCGCAAAUCCCAACAGAUAAUUGCUGGUGUUAUAGAUAAUUCAAUUUCCUUGUAUAAUGUGGACCCUCAUUUUCUCCUUGGGGAUUGGAACGGGCUUGAUUGAUCUUGCUCAAAUUCUAUUAUUAAUGGAGGCCACCAUAAAUGACUUGCAUGAGCAGGGAACUCUUAUAGGAAGCAACUAUAGUUACUGAUAUAAGGAGGUGGGCUAGUGCGUGUGUUAUGUGUUUGAAGUAAACAAUGAAUGCCUUGGUUUGGUUUUCAUGUGAUAUUCUCUUGGAAUGAAGUAUUUAUUUAUUUAUAUGUAUCAUGUUGCUUACAAUGUUUUGGGCAUCGCACUUUCCUUCUCCAUAUGCAUAGGUUGUCCUUCCAUUACACCAACUGAGGGCUGUCAACCCUUCAACAAGCAAGGCGAAACCUGGAGAAAAGUACAUCCAGAUUAUCUCAGUAGACAAUCAUGAAUUUUGGUUCAUGGGUUUCGUACACUACGACAGUGCUGUGAAAAAUCUUCAAGGGGCAUUGACGCAUGGCAGCUUGUGAUGCGUCAGUAGCCAAAUUUCCAGUCCUAUCGAAAUGAAGCGUCUGAUACUGCUAGUUGGUGUAGAUAAAAGUAUUCAACAUGUAGAUGGAUGUUUCAUUUGUUUAUAGUGUUGUGUGGUAUUCGUUUGUGAUUCAAACUCAUUGAAGUUUAUGUUAUGAUGCUUAUGUAGUCAUUCUUAGAACUUGAUUUAUAAGAGAGCAGUUGAGAUAUCAUAUCCUUUAUUCUCAUAAUUAAAUUAAUUAAUUUUGUUUCUGGUUGA